AUGCCGCCUUUGUCUGGCAAUAAUGGAAGUGUCGUACCUUCUGAUCCAGAUACGUUUUUGACUGUUACUGCGGGACAAUACCGUCUCUUAGAAAAGUGGGCUAAGGGUGAUUUUGAAGUAAACGAAAGUAACGAACCCACCAAGUACGACUAUCAAUUUUUAAGAGAAGGCACAGGCAGAUACCCAAAGUAUAAAAAGGAAAGCAAUGGAACACCAGAGUACAAGGAGUUUGAAGAAGUUAUCACUGAUGUUUCUGAUCAAGUUGAAAAUCUUAAAAAAGCUCCGCUUGAAUGGUGUGUCGGAGGAGCAUUCUAUCCUGGAAUUGAAAUGACCUUCAUUGCAUACUGUAGUCAUACAUUUAGUAAUAAAUAUGAAUUUAGAAUUAAUGAAAGUACUGAACCUGGAGAUAUUAACGCAUACAUGGCUUUACCUUGGCAAGCUGAUUUUAAUGAUUGCAGUGACAACUGGUGGCCAGCUCAAAGACCCGAUGUCGUGAUCUCACAAGAAAUACUGACGGAAGAAAUUAUGGGAAAAGGAUGUAAAAUUACUUCAAAACACUUUCAAGAUUGGACCCGCGGAUUCAGAGUCGAUGACCCAAGAACAGAUAAACCUAAAUGGGGUAACAUGGAUAUGGUCAAGGCAUGGGAUAGGCAAAAGAAGAUUGAUGAAAGUACAAAAAUAUUUCAUGAGGUCGAACGCGGUAAAAUUUACAAUGACGCUAGUGAUAGUGAUAUAGCAACCAACAUAACCAUAGAUGAUCUUUAUGAUCUCCUUCAAAUCGCAUUGCAAAUUGAACUCACCACUAUUCCACCAUAUUUAUACGCUUUGUACUCGAUAAAGCCAGGAGAAGAUCCGCAUGAUAUGUGUAUUACUAGUAACCAUGUGAUAAAACUAAUUCGUCAAGUUGCUGCGGAGGAAAUGUUACAUGUAUCCCUUGUAGCAAAUCUUAUUGUUGCUAUUGAUGAUAAAUAUAAGCCUGUCUUCUAUUCUCGGGAAGCAAUUCCUUCCUACCCGAACCCCUUGCCCCACGUUAGCCAAGGUGAAGUUAUGGUUAAUUUGUCAAAAGCAGAUGAAACUAAUAUCGAAACUUUUAUAAACAUUGAAAAACCCGAUGAAUUAUUAAUGGAACACUCUAAACCUAUAUUUCAUAAAUUAAUGAAAUUACGUACAUCGCCUUUAGCUGGCAGUGUGGUGGCUGAUGAGGUCUCAGUUGGCAGUAUAGGAGACCUCUAUGACAUCAUCGAAAGAUGUUUUGAAAAGUUAACUUUAACGGGAGAAAUUAAAUACAAAACGACAUUUCAGCUUGAAGCCGGAAUGGGCUACGCUCCGAGCACAGGUACAGGAAACGAUGGAAUAAUUGUCAUUAAAGAUUUAGCGGCUGCUAAGAAGGCUAUUGAAUUAAUUAAAGUCCAGGGGGAAGGAUCGCAAGCCGAACACGAAGCCUCUCAUUACAAAAAAUUCCAAGACUGCUUGAAAUUGAUUCAAAACUCUUGUGAGAAGGAUUAUCAGCUCUGGCCUGUUAUUGAUAAUCCAGAUAGUUCAAAUUAUGAUGGUAAACCAGAUAUUCAACUUAUUGCCACAGCCUUUGAUGCCUCCUAUUCCUAUCUGAUGUUAUUGCUAGAAAAUGUUUGGAAAAUUGGUGACCAAGACAAAAAUAGCUUUGUGAUUGGUGGAUUACCAGCAUUGAUGCAUGGUGUUUUGAAGCCUCUUGCGAUAUAUCUUGCUGGGACCCCAAUUUCCCCCGGCAAACACGCGGGAGCAACCUUCGACUAUUACCAUUUCACUCGUGGUAAUCCCUCGAAUACUCCAAAACAGCAACUUGUUGGUGCUGUUGAUGAAGCAGGACUUGAAAAAUAUGGUUUGGAAAAUGUACUGAAGGUGGUCAAUGAGUUGCCA